GGCCGGUUACAACUUACAAUAUUAUUACUCUGACUUUAGGAUCCCCGGGCCUGAUGCCUUUUUAUUUACUGAUCUGACUCGUCUCCUUUGCUGUUGAAAGAAAGAGUCGCUGAGCUGAAGCGUUGGUUUAGAGAAAAAGGUGACAGGAGAAAAUGGCUGCUUUAGUAGAACCGACCCAAUCUCAGUUCAUGACCGGCACCGGUAAUCGGAGCCUCCCCAGUGAGCCACUCAUUGAAUACGACCAGAUUGUCGUUGCUGAUAAGACGAGCUGGAAAAACUUCUUUGCAUAUUUGGGUCCAGGCUUCCUUGUUUGUAUAGCUUACAUUGACCCAGGAAACUUUCAGACAGACCUACAGGCCGGGGCCCAAUACAAAUAUGGGUUACUGUGGAUCAUACUAUUGGCAUCAUUUGCAGCCCUUCUAAUCCAAUCACUUGCAGCAAACCUCGGAGUUGUCACAGGGAAGCAUUUAGCAGAGCACUGUAGAAAGGAAUACCACAAGGUGCCAAAUUUCCUCCUAUGGGUUCUUGCCGAAGUUGCCAUUGUUGCAUGUGACAUUCCUGAAGUGAUUGGAACGGCAUUUGCUUUGAACAUGCUCUUCAAAAUACCUCUGUGGUGUGGUGUACUUAUCACAGGAUUCAGCACAUUGAUUCUGCUGCUGCUACAACAAUAUGGGGUGAGGAAGCUUGAGAUAUUCAUAGCAUUCUUAGUGUUCACUAUCGUGGUGUGCUUUUGUGUGGAGCUUGGAUACGCAAAACCAGAAUCAUCUGAAGUUGUUGAAGGGCUGUUUGUUCCUCAACUCAAGGGAACCGGGGCUACCAAGCUUGCCAUUUCCCUUCUUGGUGCUAUGGUUAUGCCGCACAACCUCUUUCUCCAUUCCGCUCUCGUUCUUUCAAGAAAAAUCCCAAGAUCUACAAAUGGAAUUAAUGAGGCAUGCACAUGUUACAGGAUCGAGAGUGGCAUAGCCUUAAUAGUGGCGUUUAUUAUUAACAUUUGUGUCAUCUCGGUAAGCGGCGCAGUUUGCAAUUCCCCGGAUUUGAGCAAGGAGUAUCGGGACAGCUGCUCUGACCUGGACCUCAACAAAGCCUCUUUUUUACUGAAAAAUGUUUUAGGCAAUUGGAGUUCAAAGAUUUUUGCGAUUGCAUUACUAGCAUCGGGACAGAGCUCUACAAUAACGGGGACUUAUGCUGGACAAUAUGUUAUGCAGGGGUUUCUUGAUUUAAGGUUGAAGCCUUGGAUUAGGAACAUGCUUACUCGGGGCUUAGCCAUUGUUCCAAGUCUAGUAGUUUCAAUCAUUGGUGGCUCAGCUGGGGCGGGUGACUUGAUCAUUAUUGCAUCGAUGAUCUUAUCGUUUGAGCUCCCGUUUGCCCUCAUUCCAUUGCUCAAGUUCACCAGCAGCAACACCAAGAUGGGCUCACAUGCCAACUCCAAAGUUAUUUCUGCAAUCACUUGGGUAGUCGGGACGUUGAUCAUGGGAAUCAACAUCUAUUACCUAGGGGAGAAAUUAGUUACCACCCUCAAGACGAGCCAUUUUAAGGUCGCGAGCAAGCUGUUGUGCGGAGUCUUGGGCUUCUCAGCAUUACUGGUCUACUUGAGUAGCAUUGCGUACCUAGUCAUUAGGAAGAACAAGGAACGGACCAACCUUCUCGCGCUUACAAACGAGGCAGGCUACCCAGGGAGGAUAUUCUAAGCAUGCAAUUGCCUGAGAGGUGGAGUGGAGGCCUAAAUACCUAGUAGUAUAAGUGGGAUGAAAGGCCGGGUAUGAAGUAUAGGGCAGCCACUUUGCUCGUUCAAGUCUUAUUUUCCUUUCAAUACUCGGCUUUCAUUUUAGCAACAGAUGAUGACUUCAUAUGUUGGGACUUGGCAUGGGAGGAGUCAUAGUUGAAUAACCGCGUUAGAGUUGAAUAACCCGCGUUGUACAUUAUUCCUCCCACAAUUGCAAUAUAAUACCCCACUUUUGAACGUUU